GUCUGAAAAGUCUGGACACGCCCCUGUGAGGGCAGCUGUCAUGGUUUAGCAAACUAGUGUGUUUUCUUAGUAAGAGUCAGACAAGAAGAGGUUGUCAUGAGCCUUUUUAUAUAGGCAUGUUAUUUGAAACUCUCAUUACACAACAGCUAUUAAUGCCUCAGGGACAUUUUCCUGAACGCUUCAGCCGAGAAACGAAAGUGAAAGACGACUUAGAGAGCCUGUGUGAAGACGGUAGGGGAUUUCAUUUGGGUUUCUGAGGAGAAAUACCGUAAAAAAAGUGAAUUUAAUGAAGCCAUUAGGCAUUUAUUAACGGGAUACAUCGCGUUUUUGCUCUCUGAACGUCUGUUUAAUGUCUCAUUUUGACAUUUACAGCUUUUCGUCAUAACAUGGUAAGUAGUCGAACCUCCAUCAAGUCUGACUUGAGACUGAAAACUUUAAUUUCACAGUUUUGAUUUUUCUGUUUUGUGUGUUUGUUUUUGUAGGAUCCUGAAGAGUUUGCUUUCUUAGCGCGAGGUAUUCAAGGUCUGUAUCCAGGCUGUUCCUAAUUUAGCUUGUUUACAUAUCUCAACUUUUUGGGCUGUGUCUUACAAGGAACGACCCAGAGUAAGAUUUCUCUUCAAUCAGUAUUAGGUCAAACGUGUUUAGCUGAGUAGAUUUAUCACUUGAAAUAAGGGAGAAACUUUCUGUGACAUAAAAGUGGUGGGACAUCAUAUUGUUGAUAACAUAAAAUUAAACAUUGGCUGCAAAUACCCACUCAUAUUCAGUUCUUAUAAAUACUUUCUUAAAAAGACUAAGUACAGGAAGUGUGUCUUGAGCCUUUAAUUAAAGCUCCUGUCAGGAGUUUUAUCUGGUUAUUAAACACACUGAUAUAAAGACUGUUACAUAUUAGUGUUGUGUCGCAGUGACUAUUAGCUACAAGACUGGUUAUUCCCUCUGCUGCAGGGUGAGUGUGUCAGAUUGGGUGAUUAACACAAACCAUAGAUUGUAUAUACAAUGGACGCCGUCUGCCUCCUCACUGGGUGAAGCCACUCUAAGAACAGCACCCUCUGUUGACGGGCUGCAGUAUUGGUCAUAAAUCCCGAGAGCUUUUUGGCUUCAAAUCCUUAUACUGGCGGGAGGUGGAACCAAGUUGUCCAUAGUAUAUACAGUCUAUGCAUAAAACUAAUUAACAUAAAAAGUAUAAAUUGAAAGUGUCGUGCGAAGAAAAGACUCAACUGAAGUCAUAUUUGUACAUCAGCAGAGUUAAACAACAUCCUCAGUCACACCUGUCCUUGUAUUGACGAUACUGUCGUCUGGGGUCAGACUUGAAUGUGGGUAAACCUCUGUCAGAUCAUGGCUCAUGUUGAAAAAUUUCUCUCUCUCAUUUUGUCUAUUUGUCAGCCAAUAAUAAAUACUAUGAGUGGCAGCUUUUAGUUGGUCACCAGUGGCAGCGAGUUGACAACGACCACAUAAUUGAGACCCACUACUGCCACCCUGGAGCCAAAGGAAUCCACAUCAACACCAGGAAUGGGUUAGUGAUCACAUUUAUUCCUCGUCUGUAUUUUCUGGCCAGUAUUUAAUUUUUUUUCUUUUUGUGGUUGUUGGUUUAGAUUCUUUAAAGAAAAGCAAUUAAUACAAAGAGGUUUGAUGCUUAUGAUGUGUCAAAGUAACUUGUGUGGCUCCACAGGAAAGUGUUCAUCGACUUUGAUGAGUUUCAGACUCUGAACGCGGCUCUGAAGGUGCAGCGGCUGACCUUCCUCUCUCAGGGUCAGACCGAGGAGGUAGGCUGGUACUUCAGGGACGACCAGCUGUGGCGGGAAUACGGAUCUCAGGUGAGGUGAAUCUCGAGCGUAAACUACAGUCAAGUAUGGGAGUUUUCAGAGGCUGAAGUUUCUCUCCUCUUCCUCUGCAGAGCUCCGGCAUGGUGGUGUCCUCGAUAAGCAGCAGUGAUGUUGAGCGUCAGUUUACUCUGAACCGCCGGGGAACCUUCAGCUUCACUGUGGGAUCCACAAGUUACACACUCGACUUCUCCUGUACGGGACACUUGUUAAAGCUUGUUCAUUUCUAUUAACAUCUUUGUGUACCUCAGCUAAACUUAUUGUAUUUUUCUUUGUAGCCAUGACUCAAACAAACGGCACCACAGGCAUGUGCAGGAAUAUUCGCAGACGGCCAAAAUUCAACACAAAAAGGUGAAACUGUCUUUAGAAAAAUCUCUUUUUUCCUGAAUUAUUGGAAGUUUAAAUCUGUUCUGAUUUGAACCUUUCAUUACUGUUCACAAAGGAUUCAAUAAAAUGAGAAUGACAUGUUUUUCUACCAUUGUUCUGCAGCCUGAGCUCAACCUCUGCUGCUUCCUCCAAUAUAACCCCCCCGAACAGAGGUUACAAAUGGGAGGUCAUGAUAAAAGAAGGGGUAUGGUCAGAAUAUGAAGCACAUGUAAGUCAUUCAUCCAAUUAUUUUCACUAGCUUUAGCAGCAGCAUUAAAGGAAACCUACAAACAUGUAAUGUCUGGGAACAAUUUGUGUCCCUUUUUGAAACAACUUGUGGUUUUUGUGUUUGUGUUAAGAUUUGUGCGUUUGACAGCGCCGACAUCGAGGCACACUACACGAUGAAUCCACAGGCCCCGCUACAAUUCAGGAUCAAUGGAUACUCCUACACCCUGGAUUUUCAGAGUAAUACACCGCUGAUCUAAAGCUUUUAGAAAAGAUAGUUAACUUAAUGUUUUGAAAUCCUUUAAGGAGUUUAAAUGACCUGUUUGUUUACUGGUUGAUUAUGUAGGUAUGUGUCAAGUUAACGAAGAGACUGGGACUAGAAGAGCAGUGAGGAGGGUCAUCUGUGACGGGAGUCAACCAAACAACAGGUCAGGAGAAAUGUUUUGAUACAUGACCCUGACUGUAAACCACACUACCUUCAUUUUAAAAGCUCUUAGAGAAAAUUAAACUCUCGUCUAAAAAGCACAGACUUUAACCUCUUUAAUUUAAAUUAUUUGAUUGUACAUGCCUGAACUAAUGAAUUUUUAAAGAAAUGAAUACCUCUUUUUCAGUUCAAGCUCUUCACCACAAUGGCAGUUUCUGGAUGGAACAUGGCAAAAUUACAAGAAAGUAAGAAGCAACUUUUUUCUUUUUAAACUGUUUGAUAUUUUUAUCACUGAGUUUAAAGAGAUACUGAGUCUGUGCAAGACUGUGUAAAUUAGGUAGCACAGUACAAGAGUCUGAACAACCUCUACAUUGGUUCAAAUGAUUGAUGCUGAUCAUUUUGGUCACAAUGGUAAUCUUCUAAUCGGCAUGUUAGCAUGGUAACAUUUGCUCUGCACAGAUCCAGCUUAUUGCCUCAUGUCUCAAGAGUUUAUGUCCUCUGUUUUCCCCAAAAUAAUAUGUAUAUCAUUAUCUAAAAUUAAAUUAACACCUGCACAUUUCAAGGUGUUGGUUUUAUAAUGUUGAUGUUUCAUAUUUUGAGGGUAUUGAGUGUGUAUCUUAAGAUAGGACCGUGGUGGCAGCAAUGUCCCUGCCAAAAAAUAAAUGUGUUUUAUAUGAAAGUAACAUUUUUAUUUAGUUUGAGUUGUUUCUCUCUGCAAUUUAGGGACGUCGCCAGAGCAGUGUUUCCAGUCAGGAUAUCGAGCUUCAGUUCCAACAAAACCCAACAGGCAUCAUGUUGUUCAACACCAAAAGAUUUAACUAUGAGCUGGACUUUUCAGGUGAGCUAAGCUAUCCUCUUUCCUUUUUCAAAAUGUGUUAAUCUUACAGUCAUGAUGAAGUCUCUGAUGUACUUGAUUUCUGUCUUUUACAGCCAUGACUCAGAGAAACCUGUCCACAAACACCACCAGACAAGUGCGAAGACUUAACCCGUGACUGUCAAUAAAGAAGGAUUCAUUGGUCAAGGGUUAAAUCUAGUGAUGUUAUUCACAAGCUGCCUAACUGACUGGACAGUGUAACUCUUUGACAUGGAACAUUUUGUAGGAGGUUAGAGAGAUGCUUUACUGUACUUCAGCAAGAGGAACAAUAAUUAUGAUGCACUUUGUCCUUCUUCAUGAAGUUAUUAUUAGUUUACCAAACGUUUGAAGUGCUCAGCUUUUUUAGAUCAUGUUUACCUGUGUGGCCACUCAGGGUUUGGGUUAAUGGCUUGCUGUAGGUGGCAUGUUGAGGACAUGGUAGAGUUUAGUUGAUGAAUUUUGUUUACAUGAUUGCUUACAUGUGCCUUUUUAAAAAAGCCCGUUUAGACUAAGUAGCAGCUUCCAGUUUUGUGUUGCCUUUUUUUUUUUUGUCCUUUUGAUUAACAUUUCUUACAUCUCUUCUGAGAAAAAAGCUGAAGCGGUUUGAAUUGUGGGGGAAUCAAGAGUUCAGAGAAAGAAGGUCUAAAUUUGGAGGUAGGACCCAGAAUGUUGAAAUUAAAGUCAGAAUUAUAAGAUUGAAUUUAUGAGGUAAUAAGCUGUCAAUUUUUGAGAGAAAAAGUUAGAAAUCAGAGAAAAGGGUCAGAGUUCUGAGUUCAAAAUCAGAUGUUUGACUUUUUUUUUCCAAAGAAUUUGGAUUGGGGUUAAUAGGAUUUGAGAGCCACUGAAAAGAUCUUUAAGAAGUGACCUGCUUUGUUUCAAAUUUUAACAUACUUGUAAUUGCUACACUUCCUGUGUAGCAUUGAAUGCAACACAGCAAGAGAAUCCUUGAAAAGGACAGAGGAAACUCUUAGUACAUAUUGGUAUGAUUAACCUGUUUUAAGGAUAUUUACCAAAAGAACACAGCGCCUCCACUGUUUUUACCCUUAUAACAUCAGUUGAGUAUUUCAUCUCUUCUGCCAUUUUCUGCACAUAUUCAUCUUUCAUUGACUGCCUUUUGAACCUCAAAGAAAAAACAGAUUAACUUGAAUUUUCAUUGAAUGCUGCCUUUUGAUUCAUGAAAACUGCUAUGUAAUCUGUUCACUUUGAUACUGAUUAAACAUUAAACCAGCAGACAGAACUGAACAAA